GGUCUGUCAUUUGUCAUUUAGAUUUUCGGUCGCUGCCAAAAUGGCUCUUAAUUUAUCAGUUAAAGUUCAUCCCGUCGUUUUAUUUCAAAUUGUCGAUGCCUACGAGCGACGAAAUGCUGAUUCGCAUAGAGUUAUUGGAACCCUUCUUGGUACUUGCGAUAAAGGUGUCGUAGAAGUUACUAAUUGUUUCUGUGUACCCCACAAGGAGUACGAUGAUCAGGUUGAAGCAGAACUAUCCUAUGCCAUGGACGUUUAUGAAUUAAACCGAAGAGUAAACUCCAAUGAAACUAUUGUUGGUUGGUGGGCUACAGGACAUGAAGUUACUAAUCACAGCUCUGUUAUUCACGAGUAUUAUUCAAGGGAAUGUGUUAAUCCUGUUCAUCUUACUGUUGAUACAAGUUUACAAGGCAGUCGAAUGGGAUUAAAAGCCUAUGUUUGUGUCAAUUUUGGUGUGCCAAGUGGGAAACAGGGCUGCAUGUUUACCUCUAUCCCUGUAGAUAUUUCCUGCUAUGACCCUGAAGUUUUUGGGCUUCAGUUAUGUCAGAAAACUAUCAGUAGUUCAGGAAGGGCUAAAAAUACAAACCCUAUGUUAGAUUUAGCUCAAGUUGCUGAAGCAGGAUCAAAAAUGGGAACUUUGUUAGACCAGGUCUUAUCCUAUGUUGAAGAUGUCCUUGCAGAACGCCAAGCCCCAAAUAACCAAGUAGGGAGAAGUUUAUUGCAUUUGGUAAAUUCUGUACCGCACAUGACAUCAGAACAGUUCUCAGAAAUGUUUAAUAGUAAUGUUAAGGACUUAUUAAUGGUAAUCAGCUUAUCACAGCUCAUUAAAACCCAACUUCAAUUAAAUGAAAAACUCACUUUGUUAACUUCAGUUUAAUAAGAUAUAGUUUAUGUUAAAAUAUCUCUUAUAUUUUAUUAUAAAUUGGUUCAGUUCAAAAUUAUUUUUUUUAUAAUAAUCUAUAGUAUUUUAAGGAAAUAAAGUGACGAAUGAUAAAAAUAUUUUAUUUCGAUAUAAGAAUAACAAUGAUUUAUUGCACCCAAUGAAUAUUUCACACCUUCCUAGUCUAAAUGGCAAAAAGUUAAUAUUAGAAAAUCUAUCACAGUACUAGAUUAAAUACAGACAAAUAUAUUUUGUUCUCAAAAUAAAUUUUUAAUUAAUAAAAUAUAUUUAUUGUAUUAUUUAGGAAAGAAGAAAGAGUGCAUAAAAGCACUAAUUCUGUGUACAGUUUUAAUCAAAUUUUAAAU